UGGUUUCACACUUUCUAGCUAGUGUGACCAAAAAAAUGGCUAACGUAAUCGUAUUAUUCUCUCUUCUCUUCAUCGUUGCAUUUCCACUAUCAAUAAAUGCAGCAACUUAUAAUGUUCUAAGAUAUGGAGCAAAACCAAAUGGGAGAACAGAUUCGACAAGAUCUUUCCUGCGAGCAUGGUCUUUGGCAUGUAAAUCUAAGAAACCAGCGACAAUGUGGGUACCUCGAGGUACUUAUUUAGUCAAAACAAUUGUUUUUGGCGGUCCAUGUAGAAACAAAAGAGUUACUGUUCAAAUUGAUGGUAAAAUUCAGGCGCCUCCUGGCAAGAAUUAUCGGGUUAUUGGGAAGGAUCGGAAUUGGAUUUUGUUCACUGGUAUCAAUGGUUUGACUAUCAAUGGUGGUAUUUUAGAUGGGCGUGGAUCUAAUUUUUGGAAUUGCAGGCGGUAUGGUGGAAAUUGCCCAGACGGUGCAAUUUCGCUAUCAUUAAACAAUGUGAGGAACGGGAUAAUUAGUGGAUUGAAAUCGAUUGACAGCCAAUUUUCUCAUAUGGCUAUCAAUGGUUGCAAAAAUAUAAUGGUUCGAAGGAUGACUAUUCUAGCACCAGAUCAAAGUCCUAAUACGGAUGGCAUAGACAUACAAUCAUCAACUGGCGUUAAAAUCAUCGAUUCAAGCAUAAAAACUGGUGAUGAUUGUAUUGCUAUUGGUCCUGGAACAAAAAAGCUAUUGGUUCAGCGUGUAGGAUGUGGACCUGGACACGGUAUUAGCAUUGGAAGUUUGGCAAGAAGUCGGAACGAAGAAGGGGUUCAAGGAAUCGUAGUAAAGGAUGUAACGUUCACUGGAUCAGACAAUGGUUUAAGGAUUAAAACUUGGCCGAGACCAAGUAAUGGUUUUGUAAAAAAUGUUCUCUAUCAGAACAUUGUUAUGAAAAAUGUUCGAAAUCCUAUCAUUAUUGAUCAGGUAUAUUGUCCCGGUGGUAACUCACAGUGUUCUAGGCAGCAUUCUGGAAUCAAGAUUAGUGGCGUGACGUAUCUAAAUGUCCGUGGAACAUCGGCAACACCAAUUGCCGUUAAUCUCCAUUGUAGUGCUACUAACCCGUGUAAUGGAAUCAAAUUAUACCAUGUAAAGCUCACUUAUUGGAAGAAGCCGGCUACGACAUUUUGCUACAGCGCUAUCGGAAUAUCAAAAGGAAAAUCUCUUCCAGGAAAUUGUUUUUAGUAACGUUGAUUUUCCUUUUCCCAUAAUCUUUUUAUUAUAACGUGUUAUUAUACAUAGGUUGAGCUGACCUGCUAGCAUAUCGUGCGAGUACGAGUUAGAAACUUGUCAUUUAAUUGUAAUUAGCUUUUUAUGUCCUAAAUUGAGGACAAGGUCCUCAAAAUUGAAUUCAAGAAUCAAAAGAAUCUCAAAAUGUCUCAUGAUCUUUCUGUCAAUGUAUGGUUCAAAAUG